UCUUCUUCCUCUCAAACCCAGAUAUGGGUUCUUUCAACCCAGUAAGGACAAUCAAUGGCAUGUCCACUCUGGCCUUGGGCUUCCGAGUUUUGCUGCUUGAGCCGCCAGGUCUCGUGGCUCCUUGCUCCCUCACGCAAAUCUACCGAGCUGCAUGCUGUAAUUCCCAGAUCUGGCGACCGUCGCCCAGAUCUGGUCUUCGCCUGCACGGUUUCUCGUCUCGGCGUCCUGGAGUCUGGAUGCAACCUCUACAUGGGUAGAUGGAAUGGUGUCCCGCUGGAUCGCUUGACCGAAGGCAACCUUGGUCCUUUGUGGUUGUUCGAGUGCACUCUGCACCUCCCUUCAUCCUCUGCAAUGGGUCUACUCUGGUUUUAUCUCCAGCUGUGCGUUCACUAUUUAUUAUCUUUCCUUAUCCAUUGGAUGAGGUGUAUUGUAGAUGUCGUAUGACGAUGUUGUUUUAUUGAAGCAAUUUCUGUUAUGUUUCAAAAAAAAAAAAAAUUAAUAUCCCACCAGAAAGAAAAAAAAUCAAGAAAACAUUUCAAUAGUUUCAGAUUAUUUUCUCUUCUUUGCUGCUGCAUUGUUGUCUUCUUCGUCGUCUUCGUCGUCGUCACCUUUGUGUACUCCAACAAGUUCUGGAUUUCUUCAAACGAAACCCAAAUCUGGAGAGGAAGAAGAAGAGGGGAAGAAAUGAGAUAGAGAAAGAAUAAGAAAAGUUAAAAAAAGUC